AUGCCUCGACGUCCGCAUGUUUCUGCUAUCAUCGAAACUCCUCACCAAUCAACCUCAUCUCCUCUCCACCCAAACUCUAAUCGUCUCAUCGAGGUCGCAGAGUCGAAGAUGGUUGGAGCCAACAUCAUCUUGGCAUCGUUUGCCGCCCAUGCCUUUUCGUCUGUUCACGCGGAGGCUCUUCCCGACAAUUAUCUAUGUCCUAACCAGUUGAUCUGCGUUGGUGACUACUACACGCCCGUCUUGAUUGCCCUUGACCCAGGGAAUUGUGAUGGGAAGAGCUGCAAGUCCGGUGAGCUGUGUGUCGCCGGCAGAUGCCAGCCCCUGAAGGUUGGCGGCGCCGACCACGAGAAAUGCGGUGAUGAGCAGACUGCUUGUGCCUCUGGUCAGUGGUGCAACGGCGGAGUCUGUGACUCCAUUGAGAUCGUCGCCGAUCCUCUGAAUUGUGGCGGAUCCGGCAGGUGUAAGGCUGCUGAAGUGUGUGUCAACGACGUGUGCGCAGCCAUCAAGCUUGGUGACGACCCAGCCUUCUGCGGAACCGAGAAACAAGCUUGUGGCCCCGGACAAGUCUGUCUGAACGGCACUUGUAUUCCUAUCACCGUGGGCAUAAGCGCCAAGCCAUGCUCCAAGAACGAAGAAUGCCCCUACAGCAACAAAUGCACCGAGAGCGUCUGUGAGCCCAUUGUUAUUAGCACCAACCAAACACGCUGCGGAAGGGAGUCUGAGACCUGCAAGCCUAGCAGCAUUUGCGUGUCCGGAAAGUGCAAAAAUGUUGGCUUCACUGACUCUAACGGGAGCGAGUGUCCUCCGGGGACGGCUAAGUUCGGUGACCAGUGCCAAGCUCUCCGUAUCAGCACUGACAACUCGACUUGCGGCACGGCUAAGGAUGGUUGUGACGUUGGUCAUAUUUGCAUCUCUGGUGUCUGCGUUGAAGAACUUUCUGAUGCCUCACUUGCCGUUCUGAGCCCAUGUAACACUUUCGAUCAAUCUCCUGAUUACUAUGGUGGUGGACAAGACCAAUCGCAUGACGAUGGAGGUCAUCGAAGUGGCAAAGGCUCUCCCAAUAAUAACGGUGGUUAUCCUGGAAACAAAGAAUCUUAUGAUGAUGGUGGAAAGUCUGACCAUGGCUACCAUGGUGACGGAAACUCUGAUGGGCGAGGGUCCCGCGGAGGAGGUGAUAACAACCGUAUUCCUGUUGGAUGGCAUAGGCCAGACGCCCCAACACCCCAGCCGGGCGACGGUACAUGCUAUUGGCCUACUGAAGGCUAUUGCCGCAACGGCGAGGUGUACAUGAACGGAAUCUGCGUGGAUAUCAUUGGUGACGCAGAGAAUUGCUCCGGCCCGGGCCAGGCCUGCCCAUCGAACAAUAUUUGCUGUCGCGGAGACUGCUACCCAGUUGAAGUGUUCCCUGACCCUGAUAACUGCAGUAACAAGGCUUGCGGACCUGGCCAGGUUUGUGCGAAUGGUGACUGCGUCCCUUGUGUUGUCGAGCCUGACCCAUCCAAGUGCAACCAAAUCGACUGUGGUCCCGGGAAGCUGUGCAUCUCAGGGGUGUGCGCAGACAUAAAGGGUGAUGCCCAAAACUGCGCUGCUCCUGGAGUCGCCUGUGGUGCUGACAACAUCUGCAUUCUCAACACGUGCAUCCCCAUCAACCCCGGUGGAUCUGAUUCUUGCAACGGCCGAUGCUCUACCAAUGAGAUAUGUGUUGACGGAAGCUGCAUUCCCAUCGGAAAGCCUCCUACCCAGUGCGAACGUGAGUGUGGCUCGGACCGUAUCUGUCUCAACGGGCAGUGCAUCGACAUCAGUCAGCCCGGCACCUGCAACGCUCCUGGAACUAACUUGGACUCGAGUCGCGCGUGUCCCUCUGGCUUCAUCUGCCUCGGUGGGGCCUGCGUCCCGUUUUCUGAUCCUGACCUGUGUGAUGCAGACGGGAACAAGUGCGCCGAGGACUCUGUCUGUGUCUUGGGUAACUGCAUCCCGAUCGGCAACCCAUCCCAGUGCGGCCCUGAUGGCAACGUCUGCCCAUCCAACAACAUCUGCCUGGGGGGUUACUGUACUCCUAUCGAGCAUCCUACCUGUGACAGCAAUAGUGACUGCCCUACGGAUCAGGUCUGCAACGACGGCAUCUGCACUCCCGGAACUGGUAGCUGUAACAAUGAUAGCGACUGUCCCGCUGGUCAGACAUGCAAUGAGAACAUCUGUGCUCCGGAGACCACCGUUGGCUGCGGAACGGAUGAGGAUUGCCCUGCUGGUCAGACCUGCAACAAUCGCAACGUAUGCGAGUCCACAUCCUCGAGUUGUGCAGCAGACACUGACUGCCCUCCGAAUCAUUUCUGUUCUCACACGGACAACUCCUGUCAGCUGAUUGGACCUGUCGGCUGCAGUUCUAAUGAAGACUGUCCUGACAAUGAUUCGUGCAACCAAGAUCUGAAUGUCUGCGAGCCCAUAGAGCCAGUCACCUGCAGCAGGGAAGCCGACUGCCCCGCGGGCCAGACCUGCAACUUGGAGAGUGGCCUGUGUGAGACUAUUCCCCCCACAGGCUGCUUUUCUGAUGGAGACUGCCCGACUGGUCAGAGCUGCUCCAUCAAUAAUAUCUGUACGGUCUCGCCUUCCUUCUGUAUAGAGUCUGCCAGUUGCCCCGACGGCGAGUUCUGCUCAGAAGAGUCCCAUACGUGCGAACCUAUUGACGGAACCCCAUGCGAGACCAAUGACGACUGUCCUGUUGAUAGCACGUGUAACUCCGCCCUCAAAGUGUGCGAGCCCACCUCUACAGAGUGUGAGUCAGACAGCGACUGUCCCUCCGGUCAACAGUGCAAUACCGACGAGGGUAUGUGCGAGGCCGUUCCUCCCACCCUCUGUGAUUCUGAUAGCAACUGCCCAUCUGGCCAACACUGCAACACUGAUGAGGGCAUGUGUGAGCCGUUAUCAACAGAUGGGUGUGAAUCUGACAGCGACUGCCCCUCUGGUCAAGAGUGCAACACUGCUACUAAUGUUUGCGAGACCCUUCCUACCACUCCAUGUGAUUCUGACAGCAACUGCCCAUCUGGCCAACGCUGCAACACUGAUGAGGGUAUUUGCGAGGCGUCAUCAACCGAUGAAUGUGAAUCUGAUAGUGACUGUCCGUCCGGUCAACAGUGCAAUACCGAUGAGGGCAUAUGCGAGACCCUUCGUCCUAUUCCCUGUGAUUCUGAUAGCAACUGCCCAUCUGGCCAACAGUGCAACACUGAUACCAAUGUUUGCGAGACCCCUCUUCCGACUCCUUGCGAGUCUGACAGCAACUGCCCGUCUGGCCAACGAUGCAACAUCGAUGAGGGAAUUUGUGAGGCGUUAUCAACAGAUGGGUGUGAAUCUAACAGUGACUGCCCCUCUGGUCAAGAGUGCAACACUGCUAUCAAUGUUUGCGAGACCCUUCCUUCUAGUCCUUGCGAGUCUGACAGCGAGUGCCCUGAUGGCCAGGUUUGUGACGGCGACCGUGGGGUUUGCACCGCAUCUCCUGACGUCUGCCAGUCUGAUGAUGACUGCCCAGACGGCGAAUCCUGCGACCAGGAAUCCAACUCUUGCCAGCCUAGUGGCCCAGUAACUUGCGCUUCAGAUGAGGACUGCGCCAGUGGAUAUGUUUGCAACGCCCAGCUCAGCAUAUGUGAAUCUGAUACACCAGCCAGCUGCCAGACUAAUGACGAGUGCCCCGCUGGGCAGACUUGCAACGUUGAUCUCAGUGUCUGUGAGAGCUCGCCUACAAGCUGUGCUUCCAACAGCGACUGUUCUAAUAAUGAGGUCUGUAAUCUGGAAACCAAUACUUGCGAGCCUGGGGGACAGACGACGACUUGCGAGAGCGACUCUGACUGCGCUGAGGGGGAGAGUUGUAAUGUUGAUACUCUUCUCUGCGAGCCUACAUUACCCGAUAUCUGUAACUCAGAUGAUGACUGUCCAUCCGGUCAGGAGUGUAAUAUUGAGCUUGGGAGCUGUGAGCCUUCGUCGCCAGGCAACUGCAACUCAGAUGACGACUGUCCAGCGGGCCAGAUAUGUAACCAAGAUGACGGCUCUUGCGUAGUUGGACCAAACACGCCCUGCCAAUCCGACGAAGAGUGCCCGCUCGGACAGAGUUGCGACCAGACAAGCAAUAUUUGCGUGCUCCCUCCCGAUUCUUGUGAAUCCAACAGCGAUUGCGACGAGGGGGAACAAUGUAAUCUUGACAACAUGACUUGCGAGGACAUUCCCGGCUUCUGCAGCUCCAAUGAUGAGUGCGGCGACGGCCAGACAUGCGACCUCGACACCAACGAGUGCGAAGAAGCUCCAGCGUGUGAAGCUGAUAAUGAGUGUGAGGCAGGCCAGUUCUGCAACACAGAGAGCAACACUUGCGAGGACAUUCCUGGCUCCUGCACCAACGACGCCCAAUGUCCUGAAGGCGAGAGCUGCAACCUGGCGGAGAAUACUUGCGAGCCGAUCGAUGGCUAUUGCGCUUCUAGCGAGGACUGUGAGCUAGGCCAAAGCUGCAAUGCUGAUGAGCACAUUUGCGAGGAUAUCCCCGGCUACUGUGUUGCCAAUGACGAUUGCUCUCCCGGUCAGAUAUGCAACACCGUCACCAGCGUUUGCGAGAACGACCCCGAUUUCUGCGAAUCCCAGGACCAGUGUGAAGAGGGCCAGUCCUGCAAUCUCGACCUCAAUAUCUGCGAGAAAAACCCUGAGACUUGCACUGACGACAGCCAGUGCCCGGCGGGUCAGCAAUGCAACUCUUCUAGCCAGGCCUGUGAGGACAUUCCCGGCUACUGCGUCUCUAAUGACGAUUGCUCCCCCGGCCAGGUAUGCAACACCGUCACCAGUGUUUGCGAGAAUGGUCCCGAUUUCUGCGAGUCCCAGGACCAGUGCGAAGAGGGCCAGUCCUGUAAUCUCGACCUCAAUAUCUGCGAGAACAGCCCUGACACCUGCACUGACGACAGCCAGUGCCCGGCGGGUCAGCAAUGCAACCCUGCCAGCCAGGCUUGUGAGGAUAUUCCCGGCUACUGUGUCGAUGAUUCCCAGUGCAACCAAGACCAGACUUGCAACCUAAGCACCAACAUAUGUGAGGAUCGCGAUCCUGGAUCCUUCUGUCUCGAUGAUUCCGACUGCGAGGAGGGUCAGACUUGCAACACCGAGUCUAAUACCUGCCAAGAUGGUCCAGUCCCUUGCACUGGCGAUGAUGACUGUCUCGUUGGUCAAUACUGUGAUGAUGAAAGUAACAUCUGCGAGGACAUCCCAGGGUUUUGCCAGGAUGAGAACGACUGUGAACAGAGUCAGACAUGCAACACCCAGUCCAACAUCUGCGAGAAUAUCCCGGGGUUCUGCCAGAGUCAAAACGACUGUGAACAGGGUCAAACUUGCAACGUCGAGUCCAACACCUGUGAGGACAUCCCGGGAUUCUGUCAGGAUGAGAACGACUGCACACAGGGUCAAACUUGCAACAUCGAGUCCAACACCUGUGAGGACAUUCCUGGAUUUUGUCAGAGCCAAAGCGACUGCGAACAAGGUCAGGCUUGCAACACCGAGUCCAACACUUGUGAGGGUAUCCCAGGAUUCUGCCAGAGCCAGAGUGACUGUGAACAGGGCCAGACUUGCAAUACCGAGUCUAACACCUGUGAAGAUAUCCCAGGAUUCUGCCAAAGUCAAGGUGAUUGCGAAGAAGGCCAGACAUGCAACACCGAUUCUAACACCUGUGAGGAUAUCCCAGGCUUCUGCCAAAGCCAGGGUGAUUGCGAACAGGGUCAGACUUGCAACACUGAGUCGAGCACCUGUGAAGAUAUCCCAGGAUUCUGCCAGGAUGGGACCGACUGCGAACAAGGUCAAACUUGUAACACUCAGUCCAAUUCCUGCGAGGAUAUCCCGGGAUUCUGUCAGAGCCAGAGUGAUUGUGAAGAAGGCCAGACAUGCAAUACAGCGUCCAAUGUUUGUGAGAACAUUGACGGAUACUGUGCUAGUGAAGCCGACUGUAAUGAGGGUGAGAGCUGCAACCUGGAUACACAACUCUGUGAGCCGAUCGAGGGCUUCUGUCAAGAUACUACAGAUUGCCCUGCUGGUCAGUCUUGCAAUACUGGGUCCAACCUAUGUGAGCCUAUUGACGGUUUCUGUCAAGACAAUACAGACUGCCCCGCCGGCCAGUCCUGCAAUACUAGCUCUAAUACUUGCGAACCUGUUGAUGGAUUCUGUCAAGAUACUACAGACUGUCCCGCUGGCCAAUCUUGCAAUACCGAAUCCAACGCUUGUGAGCCUAUUGAUGGAUUCUGCCAAGAUACUACAGAUUGUCCUACUGGUCAGUCUUGCAACACUGAGUCAAACACUUGCGAACCUAUUGAUGGCUUCUGUGAAGAUAGUACGGACUGCCCGGCAGGUCAGUCCUGCAAUACUGGCUCUAAUACUUGUGAGCCUAUCGAUGGCUUCUGCCAAGAUACCGCAGAAUGUCCUACUGGUCAGUCCUGUAAUACUGGCUCUAAUACAUGCGAACCUAUCGAUGGAUUCUGCCAAGAUGCCACAGACUGUCCUACUGGUCAGUCUUGCAAUACCGAAUCCAACGCUUGCGAACCAAUUGAUGGCUUCUGUCAGGACACUGCAGACUGCCCCGCUGGUCAGUCUUGCAACACUGGCUCUAAUACUUGCGAACCUAUUGAUGGUUUCUGCGAAGAUACUACAGAUUGUCCUGCUGGUCAGUCUUGCAACACUGGGUCCAAUACUUGCGAACCUAUUGACGGCUUCUGCGAAGAGACAGCAGACUGCCCAGCUGGCCAGUCUUGUAACACAGGCUCUAACACUUGCGAACCCAUUGACGGCUUCUGUCAAGAGACGGCAGACUGCCCAGCUGGCCAGUCUUGUAAUACUGAGUCCAACACAUGUGAGCCCAUUGACGGCUACUGCGCCAACGACUUUGACUGUGACGAAAACGAGGACUGCAACCUGACCACCAAUACUUGCGAACCCAGUUCAUCCAGCUGCCAGAACACCGACGAAUGUCCCGAGGGCCAGACCUGCGAAGACGGUACUUGCGUCACAGGGGGGCUAGGCGGUGACUGUGGGGAAGGUUGCACUAUUGGCAUUUGUCUUCCCGUGAUCAACAUCUGUGGUCUACUCCUUGACGCCGACUGUUCCUUCCUGAAUCAGAACUGUGCUAUCGGCAUCUGUAUACCUGUUCUCGGAUUCUGCGCCGACAUUGGAAUUAGUUAA